AUAGAUCAACUGCACCUCAAGUGAGAAUAGUGAAUGGUCAGAUUGUCCUCGAUACCGAAUCACUUACAGUCGAACGAUCCCAAGCAGGAGGCGAGAUCUAUGAAGGAGAUAUGGAAAUUGUUGAAGAAUCAGCCAUGACAAGGAAGGUCAACAGUCAUACUUAUGGUAAAAGGCAACCCUCAAGUCGAUGGUCAGCCGCUGAAACAGAGACAUUUUAUGAUUUACUUUCACAAUUUGGUACUGAUUUUGAAACUAUAUCGAAAGCAAUGCCAAAUCGAUCACGAGCUCAGAUUCGACUGAAGUUCAAUAAAGAAGAAAAGUUGCAUCCAGAAAAGAUAACAGAAUACUUAAUUACCAAGCGAAAACCAGCAGGUAAAUACAUUUAUAAAAAAAAGAGGAAGGGUGUAUAUGGGUGUAUAUAUGAAUGCGUAGUAAGAGUGAAAUGUGUGUGCGUGUGCGUGUACGUGUGUGAAUGGGUAUGCAUGAGAGUGAGAGUGAGAGUGAGAGCGUGUGUGUGAACCUAUUUAAUUCAUAUUUUUUUUUGUUUAAAAAUAACAGAUUUAGAAAAAUACAAGGAAAUAGCAGGAAUCGAAGAA